AUGGAAAAGCAACACGGUCCCGUAGCUCAGUUGGAAGUAGUAGUAUCUGUAAGUCCACACUCCACAGAAGUUGGUGGUGUAUUUAUUGUGCCAGCCGCUUGUGGGACCGACCCCAUACUUGUUCUGGAGUUCUCAAUGCUUGUUCUUGAAAGCUGUCCAUCUCAAACUGUUGAGCUCUUUCUGUCCGGAAAUAUUCCAGCUGAUAUGGUGAACUCAUAUUUGAAGCAGCAUUCUCUAAACAUGCAAGCUAGGUACUUGGAGUUUAUGCUUGCAAUGAAUGAGAAUGCCAUAUCGGGCAAUUUGCAGAAUGAAAUGGUACACAUCUAUCUUUCUGAAGUACUCGAGUGGCAUGCUGCUUUAAGUGCUCAACAAAAAUGGGAUGAGAAAGCUUAUUCCCCAACAAGGAAAAAGCUAUUGUCUGCCUUAGAGAGCAUAUCAGGAUACAGUCCAGAGGCUUCGCUAAAACGACUUCCACCAGAUGCUUUAUAUGAAGAGCGAGCAAUAUUGUUGGGAAAUAUGAACCAACAUAAACUGGCAUUAUCUUUGUAUGUUCACAAGCUUAAUGUCCCGGAACUGGCAUUGUCUUAUUGUGAUCGGGUCUAUGAGUCUACUCAUCUGCCAUCUUUAAAAUAUUCCAGCAACAUAUACCUUGUGCUUCUACAAAUCUAUUUGAAUCCUCGAAGGACCACAUCAGGUUUUGAGAAGAGAAUUACAAAUCUGUUAUCCCCACAGAAUACAACCAUUCCAAAAGUUAGUUCAUUGACAUCAGUAAAAAGUAGAGGCCGAGGAUCAAAGAAAAUUGCUGCAAUAGAGGGUGCAGAAGACACAAAAGUUAGUUUGAGCAGCACUGACAGUGGCAGGAGUGAUGGUGAUGCAGAUGAAUACAGUGAGAGUGGUUCUACUAUCAUGCUUGAUGAGGUCCUUGAUUUGUUGAGCCGCAGGUGGGAUAGAAUAAAUGGAGCUCAGGCUCUUAAACUUUUACCAAAAGAGACUAAAUUACAGGACCUGCUUUCGUUUCUUGGACCCCUUCCGAGAAAAUCUAGUGAAAUGUACCGAAAUUGUUCAGUGAUAAAGAGCUUGAGACAGAGCGAGAACCUUCAGGUGAAAGAUGAACUCUAUGGUCAGAGGAAAGCAAUUGUAAAGAUAACCAGUGAUAGCAUGUGUUCUCUGUGCCAUAAGAAAAUAGGGACUAGUGUUUUUGCAGUCCACCCCAAUGGGCAAAGGAGUAGGCAAAGGAUCUCAAUUGAGGAAGCGAUUGUAAAACUGAAGGGCCAUACCGAUGGGUGGUCCAAUUGUCUCGUGUGUGUGUACGCUUUUUACCCAUGGUACCUGCUGGUCGGUGGAUUAUUACCGCAGUGA